GAAACUGUGCACACCGUCCCCAGAUCCAACUCGCUUACACGACAGAACAAGACAGAUGAUAAACAAGUAGCAAGACAAUUUAUUUCACACAAACACAUGACCGUUUCCGUCAGCUGAGGAUCACCGACAACUCUGCGGUCCUUAUGCUCCACAAGGCAUGGCAGAGAGACAGGACAACGAGGUGGAGGAGGCUGACCAGAUCUACCUGCUGAUGAAGGAGGAGUAUCGAAUCUCUAGGAAUGUGCGUCUAGCCUGGUUCCUUGGUAAACUAAACCAAGUCAUCUGGCCAGCCUCAAAGCCUGAACUACUGAACUCAGAGAAUGAACUGGACUUGUUAAGCAUCCUACCCAAAGGAUGGCAGCCGGAAUUUUCCCCCACAAUGUGCCCCUACAUAUUUAUGCCAUCCACUCGGGCCACCUUCCUGGCCCGGAGAUACCGCUUCAUCAUCGAGCUGGACCUCAGCCCCUCCACAGGGAUUGUUGAUGACAGCACAGGAGAGAUGAUCUUUGAUGAGGUGUUUCAUGCCUUGUCAAGGUGUCUGGCUGGACUGUCUCAACCCUUUAAAGUCCCUGGAACUGAAGAACUUUUCAAGCCCAAGAUCUUUAUCACCAUCCUGGUUUAUUCGUCUAUCAUUGGUCUUACCUCCCAUCAGGUUCUGGUGCAAGGCUGCCAACUUGAUAGAACUGAUCUUGAUGAGUUCCUUCAUCAGGUCUAUCAGCAGCUCAGAGCUGUGGAAAACAACAUUGCACAAGUCCUACAUCAGCAGCAUGAACAGCCUCUGGAGCCAGUCCAAAGCUCAGGAGUCCAAAGCAACAGCCUGGAUGACCAGCCGCACAGAAAGCAGGGCAUUUCCAUGGUCUCAGCUGAUAUGGGUCUUGUGAGCAUGGUGCGCCAGGGCAUCCUGGCCCUUCAGUUGCUGCCUCCAAACUCAAGUGCAGGAAUCAUUGUGAUCACAGAUGGAGUGACGAGCGUCCCUGAUGUAGCUGUGUGUGAAACGCUGCUCAACCAGCUCAGGAGUGGAACGAUUGCCUGCUCCUUUGUGCAGGUUGGCGGGGCGUACUCCUAUGACUGCAGCUUUGGCUACAUCCCCAACGUAGAACUGAUGAAGUUCAUCUCAUUAGCUACCUUUGGUUCAUACCUGCCCAGCUGUCCUGAGGUGGACUUUAACAGCCUGGAGAUGAACGCUUACCAUAAGGCCUUCCUGACCUAUUCCUUCCUCAAGACCCCAGAGUCCAUGAACUCAGAGUACUUCUGUGUUUCCCAGCACAAACUGUUCAAUGAGCACUUGGUGUCAGCCAGCGGUAACCCUGCCCUGGUCAUGCGGAGAAAGAAACAUACAGAAAAGGAAGUCCAUGCUGACUUGAUCAGUGUUGUGUCUGUGCGACUCAGAGAAGGCUACACCAUCAGAGAGAUCAGCCUCACAAAAGGUGGGACUCAGCUGGAGGUGAAGCUGGUGCUAUUAUGGAAACACAACAUGCAUAUUGAGUACCUGGCAGCCGCCUCCUGGCCAUUGGAUCCAGCCAAGAGAACCACCAGGGUAGAAGUGACGAUGGAGGGAAGCUACGACAUCCUGCAUGACAUCAGCUGCACCCAGAGGAAACCCAUCACAAGCCCGUACCGCACCUCUGUCAUCCGACGCUUCUGGAACACACUGCAAAGUAUCAAUCAGACUGAUCAGAUGUUGGUGCACCUCCAGUCCUUUAAUUCAGUUCCUGAGAACUACAUGAUUCCAGAGAGCACCAAAAAUGGAGUUCCUCUGUUCUACAUCCCUCCUGGCUCUACAACUCCAGUCCUGUCACUGCAGCACAGUGGAUCCAAAGACUCCUCUCAGUCCCAGUUUGCGUCCUACUGGAAGCCCAUUCUCUCCAUGGAUGCCAACUUCUGGCAGAGAUGGCUGCACAUGCAUCGCAUCACCAUCAUCCUUGAACAUGACAUGCCUAUCCCCAAACAUCUGCACACAGCUGGAAACAAUGGUCGCUACAGCACCAUUCAGUGCCGCAUCUCCCACUCUGCCCUGACAUCACUUCUGAGGGACUGGAGUAGCUUUGUGCUGGUGGAGGGUUACUCAUAUGUUAAACUUAUUUUCAGUUCAUCUGACCAGCCACCCACCUCCUUCUACUUGGUCCGUCUCAUAUCCAAGACACCAUGUAUGGUCCUGCGCUUAGGUUUCCCCAUCGGUACACCAGCACAUAUCAGAAACAAGAUCGUGGAAGAGUUGCGAGAGCAGAUCCUUAAACUUCGCUUCCCUCAUCGCGUCCAGAACAAAGAGGCGACUCCAAAGACCAAAAGGAAAAGUGUUGGCCAUCCAUCACCAUCCAAGUCUCCUUCCAUCCCUGCACCUAAACCUGCACUGUCAGACAGACCGUGUGUAGUGGUGCUCAACAAGCCUCUAGAAAAGCUUCUGAUAAGGUAUGAGAAGCUACCGUUGGACCUUCGGACUCCUUUCAUUUUUCACAUGGAGAACUUCCCUCCACCCUCAAACAAUGCCAUGCCCCUCAGCAUUGCAGCCAACCGGACAGCUUCCUCCACCCUGGCCUCUUUGUCCCGUUACUUCCUGCACCAGCGCUGGGUAUGGGCUGUGCAGAGCAGCCAGGGACUGACUGUGGCUAUGCAGGCUGUUGCUCACAUCCUGUCCAUGCUAUCUGAGAUCCGCAUAUCAGAGGGCUUUCACUUUGCUGCAAGUGGAGACGGCAUCGUUAACAUGGUGAUAGAGCUGCCAAUGAGGGCUGUGUCAGGGGAGACUGACAGAGAGAGCCACUCUUGUAUCGUUCAGUACAUCCUGUUUCCACCUCACUCUACAUCCACUAAAGACAGCUUCUCCACCGAUGAUGACAAUGACACCGAAGUGGAGGCUGUAGACAUGGACACAGAGCUGAACCUGGUGACAGAGUGUUGGGUCGAGCCACAGAGCGGCACGGUGAUGAACUGCACGGAACAGCAUCGCCACUUCAAGGGCUUCAAGUACCAGGAGAUACCUCAAGCAAUAUUCCCAAGAGAUCUGGCCUGUAUGUCCACCAUGAUGACCUUUGAGUAUUUGAGCCAACUGUGUCAGAAUAAGGACCAGGUCUGCUCACUACCAGCUGGACUCAAGGAUGUGAGGGGUGAAGCCUUGUCCUCUGAGGAGAGCAUUCACAUGGUUCCCUUUCAGUUUGACCUUAUUCAGCUGCUUCCAAAAUGCCAGCAGGUUGAGCUCUUCUUCCUCACAUUCAGUACAGGGGAAAAUGAGGAGCACAGCUCCCCCUGUCUUCCCAAUGAAGUCUUGCUGAGCCUCUUUCACAGCAACCUACAGCAUGAGCUGAGUGACAGAGAGAUCCCGUUAGCUGACAGCGACCAUGCUGCCUUCAUGCUACACAUUUUGGAGCGAGAACGAGACGGCCAUAUGGUUCCAUUCUCCUUACCUGUAAUUAAAGAAGAGUGUGUAAAGGCUACAGAAAGACAGGACCCCAUGAUGUCUUUCCACACCACUUGCAGCAGCAAAGAGGUGAUGGGAUCAACCAGCACUUUACAGAGUUUUAGUAAUGCUGAUCUUGUGGAUGAAGAGCCCUUGCUGGGGCAAAGGGACUGCUUAACACCACAGUGGAGGUGCUAUGCCAAGUACAUCAACUCGCAGCAAAUUCUCCUCACCUUCCUUCCUGCUUCCUUUACAGAUGUUUUGAUGUUAAUGGCAUCAGGGCUGGAGACAGAGCCUCAGAGUAACGUGAGCACACAGGAGGACGACACUCUGACACCCAGAUCUCAGACUGACUCCCUGUCUGGUUCCACUAGUGGUCUAGAGAGGUCUGAGUCUGGCCUUAGUUUGGCUAGUAAACUAAGAAGGAGCUCAAGUAGCGGACACGUAACCCUCAAAUCCCCUUUACUCUCACCUCAUUCCGAGAACCAGACUGGGAAUGCUGAAUCUCUCACCCCAGAGCAGGAAUGCUGGGGCGGCAGAGUGUCCGACACGGAACCUGGGAGCUCAGUGACAGAUCUUGGAGAAAAAGAGGGAGUCCAGUUCUCUGAACCGCAGAAGACAGAUUUCCACCUCAGCUUUGGCAGGCAGGUUCCUCAGCAGAACACCAGUGACGGCAGCCAACUGAAGUGUCCAGUUUAUGUUUACAACUGCUCCCUGGAGCACUUGAAGGAGCAACUGGUGCAUCCCAACUCCAGCCGCCAACCCAAAGACAUCUUCUUCAGACCUCGAGAUGCUGAAUCCUGGGAGACGAUACAGCAGAUGAAGUUCAGGUCCCUGUCUCAGGACCGCAGCAGUCCGUCCCCCUGGACAGACCUCCUGGCUCAGCCUCACAAACACAAGGAGCUGGCCAACUACUGUGGCCUGCUGCAAGAGCAUUACCAUCAGUCCUACGUCAAAGGAGUGUACCGCAGCCUGCAGCAGUCUUACAGCAUCAGCUCUCAGGAUGUCUUGAUGGCCAUGGACUACUGUGAAGAAUCCCUGCAGGAGAUUGACAUCACCUCCUUCCUACAAACCCUUUGUGGACAUAUCAGGGUCUUCAGAGAACAUGGUAAGGCUCCAGGAUGGGGAGCCAAUCCAGAACCUUCAAGGAAUCCUGCCACCUUUAAUACUGGAGAGAUUGAGGAGGACAAACCAGAUACAGACAGGGCUACUUUGGCUAACUCUUCCAGCAUUGACAUGGAGGACAUCAGUGAAGCAGAAGCUGGAGCUGGAUGGAAAUACUCUGAUCCUACGUCUCCACUGAUUCUGGAUGAGUCAAAGACAGAAACAAUUCCUGAGUUUUCUCUGACAGUUCUUCAGACACAGCCAAAGUGUGAAGUGUAUCCAGACCUGCACAAAAUAAUACAGGAUAAAUUCAUGGAGAUUGUGUCUCAGUAUUUCAAAACCGUGCCUUCCAAUCCUCACUACUUCUUCUACUGCCCCCCAUCAUCCAAAAGAGACGAUGACUCAGAGGAUGCGGAUGUAGGGAGGAGACAUAGUGAGGACCUGGUGUCAGAAGCUGAGCAAGCUACUGAGGAUGAAAACAUGCAAGGCUCCUGCAUCAUGACAGAAAGUGACACGGACUUGGUGGUAGAGUAUGAGGAGCAACCAGACAUCAGAACCCAAGGGGAGGGCGAAGACCAGUCUCUGUCAGACUCCAACACUGUCAAUCAGGACCAGGACUCCUUCAGCAUCCUAGAAGAGGGAGACUCCCUGUUGGAGCCCGAUGGGCCCCAGAUGGACAUGCCACCACUGUUUGUUCAUGUCACUUGUUCUGUCAAUAUGAAAAGCUGCCAUGGCUCCAUGCCCAUACAAACACUGCCUACCUGCCUUGGUGAGAUUAUUUCCUGCCUGGAGAAUGCAGAGUCCUUACAGACUGUGGAUUUGAAUGACCUCUCAGUAACAUUGGAUAUUUUCGUCCUGACACUACCACUGGAGAUUGAAGUCAUGGCUGAAUUCCAUCAUAACAGGUACACAUCAGAGAGCAGCGUGUCCCUGAAUCGUUCACCUGGGCAGCCCUCCUCCUAUCGCUCUGAUGACGAGCUGGUGGCAGUGUUGGACAGCCUGAGGGGAGCUGGUGUUGAUGGGGCCUCCAGUGAUUCCCUUUCCAAACUCCCGAUUCCACACAAAUUAGCAAUUCUCGCCACAAUGGAUGAGAUCCGCUGGCUUCUAGAGGAUGAGAUUGUUUCUGCUCUCCGUCAUUCUCGGGUCAUCAGCUCUUCUACUCUGCACAAAGUUGCGGAACAUGUAUUGCGGUCUAGCGGUCGACGGCAUUGUCACUGUGAAGAUGUACCGCUGCAGUUUGUCUUUGGACCUGAGAAGUCACUCGAAAAAUUUAAAGAGGAAUUCCGCAGAAUGUCGUUCUCCGGCUAUGUGCUGAAUGGAGAACAGGACAGCUUCUACUUCAUGUCUCUGAGCAGACUGCAUCAUCAGAGGAUUAGUGCUAACAAAAAGCUGUCUGAGAGCACCACAGACCCCCCACAACACACUGACCACUGCAGUGCUGGAGGGCAGGUGGAGGACAUGAUGCAGGGGAGCGAUGUAGAAGCUCAGGCAACGGAGGCUGACAGUGAGAAUGAAGACAAGAAGUCCAUUCGAGUUUCUACUAACACCUCAAGUGAAACAACUGCAGAAACCAGUGAGCCAAUCAGAGCCCUGAAGCCUGAGGCGUACGAUAAUGUUUCUCAAGGCUCCUCUUGCAUGGUUGAGGACAAAGGUCAGCCCAGCGCCCUCCAACUCCAGACUGAGCCUGGAGCAGAGCCAGCAUCGCCCCCGAAGACCCCUUCCAGUGUCAGCCUGGCUGAGUCCAUACAGUCAGCCUCUCACAGCUAUGGCAAACUCAGGCCCAGUCGAGUCCAGAGUGUUGUGUCAAGCCAGGGCAGUCUGGACUCAGACAUGCAAGGAUAUGAUGGUGGCAGCAGUGACUCUGAGUGUGAGAGCCCCACCCUGGACGAGCAUGAGUGUCAGUCACCACUGAUGCCAGACUUCUGGCUAAUAGUUCAGAUUCACCAGGACAGAGUGAAGGUCUACUCCCAUUCCAGGUGCUUCACUGAAGGAAAAGAAGACACUGCUGAGGAGAUUGAAAAGAAAGAAGACGAUAUGGAGCUACCUGAAUAUUUACGGCUGCAUCAGAUGAUGGUCAAAAAGAUCGGUGAAAUCUGCAGGAUAGUCAAUCAGCGAAUGCUGCUGCAGGACCUACAUGACAGUCAUGUAUGUAACUCUCUACUGGUGGCUGAGAGUGAAGAGGACAUCUGGAAGACUGAGUCAAUCUACAGGCAGAGGCUCAACAACUCUGAUGAUUAUAGCACAGAGGAAAGUUACCAGGCCAGAGACUACUUGGCAGCUACCAUGCAGUUCAUCCAUGGACAUUUUGCCUGUGAAGUUGUGUGGAGUACAAUUAUUCACAUACACCCACGCCUCAAGAUGGGUCCCAACAUGGGGGUAUCCAGGGCAAUUCCGGCUCUGCGUUCCGUGUUGAACUCUUUCUGUGUGGUCAACCGGAAGAACAUGUUUGUCUACCAGGAGCGCACAACUAAAUCAGUCUUCUACCUCAGACUUUGUGAAACGUCACUAACAGGGAAAUACUCAGACGUGGAUGGGAACCUUCACAUGACUCGCUCUAUUGGGCUUGCCAGGAGUCAAGAGCCCUUAUCACCGGAUGACCUCAUGGGCUCAAAGUCUUCCCUGGAUGGCUCCCGACCUGUUGGACUUGUAGACAAACACAUCUUGUUGCUGGUGCAUGGAGUGGGCAAUGCAGGUCCAGAGAUCACAGAUGAGCUGCUGAAGGUACUGCGCAAGCGCUUGGAUGAGACAACAUUGGACAUCAUCACUGUCAUGCUUGUGAGGAACUGCAAGCUUACACCAGCUGAUGUCGAGUUCAUUCAGCCUUCCGGAUCCCCAGCCACGGAGGUGAUGAACUUCAGUCUACCCCAGUACUGUCUUUCCUGGCUGCCGGCUGUGGCUCACUACCUCAGACAGAACCUUCUCAUUUUCCUGCAUGUACCAAAGUACACCGACAGCAACACAGCACAUCACUUUAAGCACCACUUUCAUUUGAGCAGUGACUCGGCCGAGGGGGAUAUCUACCUCUACAAUAAGCCCGGAGGACAAGGGACAGGAGGCAAAGGUAUCGCCUGCAUCACCCUCUCAUUUGUGGAUGCCCAUGGCCACUCUCUUCAGGUUCCUGCGCAGGACUGUGCCACCCUUCUGAGACAAGAGAACUGCACUGUUUCCCUUAAUCCAGAGCAUUUUGAUGAGCUGACCACAGUUGGCAAAGUGUUCUCCAUCAGCGGCAGUCCAGAGCCACAGCUGAUUGUGCGGUUCGACAUUUGGGAACAAGGAAACGUAAGCCCCUUACAGUUAAGUGAUAAACUGCAGGGGGCGCUGCGUCAUGCACUCUGUGAUGCUGUCAUGGAACUGAGAGUCUUGCCAAAUCCUCUUUGUCAGGGGGUUUUCUGCCCAGCAAACAAAGCUCAGAAGGAAGAGGCUAAAGGUCUGUUGAUCUCUUUGCCUGAGGCCAAAGAAGUAAAGGACAGCCCCAGGCAGCGCAGUGGCUCACGGGUCUUUAAAACCAGCCCUUCUCCCAUCACCUUAACCCAAGCUGUAGGGAGCGCUCCGAUGACUGGGCCAAGCACUCCUGAGUCCACCACACCCACCAACAAAAGCACCCGCCGCAGCUUCUGGGAUAUACUGAGUAAGCCAGACUCAUCAGAGCUUGGGAGCCCAAAGACAACUGAUGACAUUGUGCAAGAAAAAGGAGAAGAGGGCCGAGGGCCACGACGAAGACACAAGACGGAGAAUGUCAAGCAGCAGUGGAGCCAGGAGAAAGCUAUGGCCGUAGAGCUGGAACAGGCCCAGAGGAGACAGGUCUGUCAGUUGGAGGAAGGAGAUAUAGGCACUCUUCACUCCAUCUACCAGGUCACCUGUGAGCCAUGGAUAACCUUCAUGACUAAACUAGACUGCCCCUCCAUUCAGCAAUGCACGGCUGAAAUAGCUUCACACUUUCUCCUGCCGUCCGUCUUGGCAGAGAUUGUCACUUUGGUCAGUUCUCUGGCCAGUGAUACAACAGUAAAGGCAUUUGAGAAGAGAAGCUGUCCGGAAUCUGGAGACAUAUUUCUACCAUUCUGUCUUGUCCCAAACCUCAACCAGCCCCCAGGCACCACAAGGACCUUCAUUCUCAUUGGGCGCAACUUUCAUCAAUGGCACUGCAGCACAGAGCAAGAAGACAGUUCAGAUGAGGAAAACACCCCAGUGCUUAAUAGGUUCACACCUCACAAAGGCUUCCAGCGCUUUGAGGCCCUAGAGCAGAGUGAUGGGUACAGUCCCAGCCAUGCCGGGUCAGGACUGGCCCCCCGCCAGAGGUUCCUCUUCAUCAGCAUCCUGGACAAAAAGGUGACUCUGUACAGCUAUAACUGGUCUGUGGACCUCGGUGCCUCUCUGAAUCGGGAGCUCGUCCGCCUUGUUAAGUGGCAAAAUGCAAGGGCCCAUGUUGUCCACUGUCUGCUCAACCAGAAGAUGGGCCUUUUUCAUCACUUCUGUUUUUCUGAUGCACCCAUCCAUGAGUUGGACUCAAAGCAGAAUCCCAACCCAUUCCUGAGCCCUUCCAUGGAGCCUGAUGCUUUGCUGCGCAGCGCAGUUCCUCCUUUACCCAGUAAAGAGCAGGGCAGGCUGGGUAGCUCUGGUCGAAGUCUUGCCCCACUCCACUUCCCCUCGGAGCUGCUUCCCUUUGACGAGGCUCUGAGGGACAUAUGCACUAUCCGGCCCUUAAUGGAUGGGGAUGCAGUGACCCGGCAUGGUGGUCAGCUCCUGGAGAUUAAGGCUACUGAACGAAGAGAGCUGGAGAAACAGAUGAAGAUAGAGAACCUGUUUGUGACUUGGCAGCAGAGGUCAGCACAGUCAAACAUGCCGAUUUCAGGGACAGAUUUGGAGACUCUGAAACAGUCAUCCAGGCUGGUCCACUACUGUGCAACCCCUCUUCUCUUUGAUCCCAUCUUUCGCAAAAAGAUCCAGGAAGAACAAAUCAUGCAGCCUCCUUUAAAGAAACGUCAUCGUUCCAGCGACUCCACAGCGUCAGGACGCGACCGAAGCUACAGCACUGACUCAGGGGAAAUGCUUCCCAGCCGACUGAGGGAAGAGCCUUGGCUGCUUGAAAUUUCAAGCACAUUCCUUCAGCAAUAUGUCCAGUACCUUCAGAGCAUGGGCUUUAUUUUGGUUCAGGUUCGACCUCAGUCACCAGCUCGCAGCACUGCCCGUGCUCGUGCUGCGAUGUUGAACUCUAUGUCAUCAGAAGGGAGGAUGUCCUUUUCCUAUGUAAAGCAGAAAAGUGAAGACAGCCCUAAGACAACGCUUUCUGGUACUACAGCAUACCACCUCCAGAGGGCGCUACCAGGGGGAAUUGUGUUGAUGGAACUGGCUUUUCAGGGGUGUUACUUCUGUGUGAAGCAGUAUGCACUGGAGUGUUCCCGCAUUCCCAUGGGCCAGACGGUCAACUCCCAGUCCCACCACAUGUCAUCUCUCCAUCAGGGCAGCCUCCUCACCAAACCUCGUUGCAAGCCGUUCCCAGAUGCCACCCCUGUAUCUGACUGUGCGCUCUCCAUGCUCUUCACAGAGGAGUGUGAUAAGGUUCGGGACCUGAUGCAUGUUCACUCCUUUAGCUACGACUUCCAUCUGAGAGUGGUUCACCAGUACUUGGUUGGCUGCCACAUGACACUUCGACAGGGCUACCACCUCACUGACUUCCUGGACGACUUCAUCUCCCAUCAUCCUGACAUUCCCAAGUUUGGCCGCAACCAUGUCUUUCAAGGGAGCUUCUCCAUCUCAACGGGCAUGAUAACAGCUCACCAACUCUACAACUACAUCACUGACCACGCCAGCACUUAUGGCAUGAAGCCACUUCGCAUGUCCAAGGGUCCAGCCAGCAAUGAUAACAAGAAAGGAGCACCUGACUUACAUGAGUACGCACUGGUGGCUCUGUGGAACAGUUCUGGCUCGUAUAAGGAUCUGGAGGGCCUGCACCACCACGAUGACUUCGAUGUGUCCAUGGUUGUGUGUCAUAAUGCUGUUCCAUUUGAGGAACAAUCAGAUGGGGAAAGGCAUUUACUGAGGUUGCGGUUCUAUGUGAUCAUGACGAGUCAGAGAGAGCUCUUCCCCCGCCUCACUGCUGACAUGCGCCGUUUCAAGAAGCUUCCUCAGAUCCAUCGUGAUCCUGGUGAGCUGGGUGGCCGGCUUCCCCCUGAUCGAGCGGAGGCUGGUGGAGCCCAUGGUGCUGAACAGGACCUUUGGGAGGAGACAUCAUCUGAAGCUGCGGCCGUCUUGACCCCCAGUGAUAGCAAUGAGUUUUUCCCUACGACAGGGGCAGAGGCCCAGGCCCAGGGGCUGCUCUACCCCUCCCCUCUUUUCCCUCUGCUCAAUAAUGAGGUAGCAUCAGCCCACAGACAGAUCCAGGCCAGUGUGGAGCAGGCUAUGGGUCAUUGCCGAAGGGAUAACCUGUGGAGGAGACUGUUCCACGGAGAGCACCUAGACAAACUAAAGCUGACCAAGUUAUCCUUCUGUGAGCUGGAGGAGCUUCUGGAGGCUGUGCAGAGCCGCUCGGUGGGGGAGAUCGACCCACAGCUGGACUGUUUCCUCACCAUGAGUCCAGCCUGGUACCAGAGUCUGAUCAAAGUCCUGCUCAACCGCUUCCCCCAGAGCUGUAGACACUUUGAUGACAACGGCAUUCAAUAUCUGGCCGUUCUGAACCAGAAGUUCACAGACUGCUUCGUUUUAGUCUUUCUGGACAGCCAAGCUGGAAAAACAAGUCUGAAGGUUGUGUUUCGUGAACCACUGCCAUCCCAGCAGCAACCCAGUAGUAGCCCUCCUCCUCAGCUGGUGUCCAUGUAUCAUCAUCUGGAGUCUGUGAUUAACACAGCUUGUUAUAACCUCUGGACAGGGCUGUUAUAGAGCUGAUCUUCACUGGACGUACCUCACUCCAUAUCCAUGUGGAUGGACAAGUGUUACAUAGAAACAGUCAGCAGAAAAAGAAACCGUAGGACACAAAGAUGUGUGCUGGAGGGAUCAUAAUCUUAGCUGUGUGCUCUCUGAUGGAGCAGCAUUAAAAUAACUUUAUCUAUUAAUAAUGCAUGUCCAAGGGAUGUAACGUCAGAGAAUCAAUACUGAGCUUAACCCAGGAAAAGAGUAUCAGUAUCUAGUUCUCUUGCUCCUGGCCCUUUACUGUUCUGCAUCAGUUAGUCCACACAGACCCUUAUCAGCUGGAAGAAUGAUUCAAAUGGCCUCCGAGUAGUGAUUCAAAUAUGAUCACCACCAUUUACUGUGGAAUAUAAACCCUUCAAUCAUCAGGUACACUAUGCAGCUGCAGCAUUAACAACAACAUGAAGUACUGCUCCCUCACAGGUGUUCGUCUGCACAUCCAAAAAGAAAAGGUAUAUCAUAUUACAAUAACUGUGUCUCUUCAUUCCCAGUCAUUCUCUCUAUGCUGUAAAUUGGACAAAAUAUGGAAGAAAAAAAAAUCCUUUUUGGAAAAGUUUUUAUUAUUCUUUUACAACGCCUUAACUCCAACCACACUAUAAUCCUCUGGAUUGUUCACUCUGUAUGGAUCAGUGGAUCAAGCCACUAUGUGAAGCUGUCCCUGAAUGUUAGCGCAGAACCCUUGGUCAUUUAUUGUAUAUUGAAAACUCUUGUAGGGUUAAUUCAAAAAAUUCUUUUUCAGAAGCAAGAGCUGGGACAUAAAAACAGUACUGUGUCAUAUUUGCAGAUAGGCAGCAUUGUCAGUCAAACGUUCUAGCCGUAACAUUUAACAUUCUUUACAAGUAAUAUCAGAAGAAUCUCACCAACUCUCAUGAGAAUCUUUUAUGGUACCUAAAACAUCACUGAGCACCAAAUGUAGGAAUUUAAUUUAACAUUAGUCUAGGUAGUCCAGAACUGGUCUCAUUGAAAAGGUUGUUUUAUUUGUUUAUCUCUUUUUUUAUUACUAUUGUUUCCUGUGGUCAGCAUUGCUCCCAGUCAACAACCAAGACCACACAGGUUGGUUCAAAACGCAUUUAUUAUCUUACUUAUUAUCUUAUUUAUUAACUCACUCAUGGACAAAAAAUGCUCCUUACCCUCAGUGCAGGUAUCCUUGCUUUUGGUUUUAAAAUUGAGUAUUCAACAAGUGUCGACCUCCUGUCUCAAAAUCUGAAGCCCAUGCUGAAGUGUUAUAAACUGCAGCGUCUGCUUGAGGCUGGCUGCAGAAACACUGAAAACGAUAUUCAUACUCAU